AUGGCCUCCCUGACAGACCUGUUCGAGUUCCUCUCCUCGCCAAACCCUUCAGCAAGGCAAAUAGCCCUGCAGAAUCUGGUCGGGCACACCCCGAAUACCGCUGCACAGAGGCAUAUCUUCGUGCCCUCCAUUCUGGCCCCUCUGGCUUCGGCCGGGCAGGCGCAGUCGAAUGGAGCUAGUGGAGGUGGACUGCUGGGUGGAGGAGGGUGGAAGAUGACGGAAGAUGAUGGGCGGAAAGUCCAGGGAAUCAGGGAUCUGAUGGGGAUGUGUAGGGACCAGGGUGUUAUCGCUCAUGAUGCCUUGUCUGCGCUGAUCAACCUGUCGGACAGCUUUGCCGUGGCAAGGCAUAUUGCUGACGACCGGGACUACCUGGUCUGGCUGGUCUCUUAUACAGCGAACCCUACCUCCCCACUUUCCCCUCUGACCUCCAUGCUCCUCUCCAACCUCACCUCACAUACCGCCCUCCUCCCUUCUCUCGCCUCUCUAACAAUCCCCGUCGUUCCUCUACCCCAGUCAAAGACAUACCCGCCAUACUACCUCACCGCCAGCGCGUCCGCCUCGUCCUUCCGCCAUCCCGACUUCCGGGAUCGCAUGCUGAACCAGCCGGAUGCCGGCGUGGGACAGGGCGAGGAGGUCGAGGUGGAGGGUCUGAGAGCGCUUGUGCAGGCGUUUGAGGAUGGGGCGGGGGAGGGAGUAGUGAAGGGAACAGGGAAGCGGAAGGGGGAGUGUCAUUUCUUGGCGAGCGUGUUUGCGAAUGUGUCCACUCUACCAGCGACGAGAUCAUUACUAUUGACGCCCUACUCGCCCUUCCCAAAUCCCUCCACUUUCCCCACUACCUCUACUACCGCCGACGCAUCCACCCCCUCUGACGCGGACAUGGUCGACGCACCCGCACCCGUCGAGCCCGAGCCUCUUCUCUCGAAACUUACGCCCCAUACUUCCCAUCCCGAUAUCAUCCGCCGAGGAGGCUGUCUUGGCGCUAUUAAGAACAUCGCUCUGGACAGGGGAUGUCACGCCUUUCUCCUAGCGGGCGAAGGAGACCGGGUCCGACUCGAACGAACGGGAGCAGGGUUGAUUGUGAGGGGUGUGGACGUGCUGCCGGCUGUCUUGGGACCGUUGAUGGGUGGCGAGGAGUAUGAUAUGGAGGAUAUGGAGCAAUUACCGGUAACGCUGCAAUUCCUCCCGCCUGAUAAGCAGCGAGAACAGGAUAGCGUUCUGAGAAUGAUGUGUGUCGAGAUCCUGCUCUUGCUAUCGACAUCGUACACUGGUCGAGAAACACUACGGAAAAGAGGCGCCUACCUUGUUGUCCGAGAACUGCAUAAAGUUGAGAAGGAACGGAAUAUCGUAGAUGCCAUCGAACGCCUGGUCGGCCUGCUCCAAGGGGACGAAGGACGGGAGACGAAGGAUGAUCUCGUCGAGGAGCUGGUCAAGGAUCAUGCGCCAGUGCGGGCGGGGACGGUCAAUGUAGCGGCGGAAGAUGUCUCUGCGCCUCAGGCAGCGGCCAUCGGGGAGGACGAGGAUGUCGUGGAAGUGUAG